AUGCAAGCUAAUUCUCCAGAAAUUCUGGGAGGUAAGGGGACUGAUGGUCUCAAAGUGGGUAGCUCAACAAAGAAGAAGUCUUCUGGCAAAUCAUGCAGCCAGAAGAAGAAAAGGAGGGGGUUUAACAACCCAUCUAAACACAAAGAAGUUGCUGAUUUUGUUAGAAAAGAAGACAUUAAAAUAAUGUGUAUUUUGGAGACAAAAAUUAAAAUGGAGAAUGAAGCUAAACUUUUUGCAAAUAGCUUUAAAAGUUGGAAUUUUUUGUCAAAUUCACAACCAGAUCUACCAGCAAGAAUUUGGGUGUGCUGGGACCCAAACUUUUGUGAUAUUUUGAUGCUUCAACAAUCAAACCAGUAUAUUUUUGUCAAAAUCCACGUUUUUGAUACAGAUUCCAGUUUCUUUGCCUUUUUUGUUUACGCUGAAAAUAAACAUGAGUUGAGAGUUCCCCUAUUUUUUGAUUUAAAGAAAAUUGCUCUCAACCAUGCUAGUCACCCAUCCAUCUUCCUUGGUGACUUUAAUGCUGUUAGAUUCUCUCAUGAGAAAAUGGGGGGGAAGGAGACGUGGAGUCAAGCAAAUGAGUUGUUUAAUAGACUAGUCUUGGAGUCUGAGUUGGAUGAUCUUUGUUACAAGGGGUGUCAUUUUACUUGGUCCAAUAAGCGGGGGGGUGGGAAUUUUAUUACUUCAAAAAUUGAUAGAGUUCUUGCAAAUGAGAGAUGGUUGUCUGCUAACCCAAACUCCUAUGCUCUUUUUCUACCUCCGGGCGUAUCUGAUCAUUCCCCAGUUGUUGUGCAUCUUGGGGGUGAGGAGGGUAAGUUCAAAAAGCCUUUUAAGUUUUUUGACUUUUGGGCUAAUCACUCUAGUUUCCUCCUGAGCGUGCAUGGUGUUUGGGUUAAAUUCAUUAAGGGAUCCCCUAUGUUUAGGGUUUGUCAGAAGCUUAAAACCCUUAAGCCUAUCCUAAGAGAUCUGAACAAAAAAGAGUAUAGUGAGAUUUCCAUCCGUGUUGGUGCUGCUAAGGAUCAACUUCUUAAUUCUCAAAUUAAGCUUGAUAAAGAUCCGAUGAAUCUCCAUCUUUAG